AUGCCCCUCUUCCGCAGGAAAGAGAAAUCGAAGCCGUCCAUCUCUUCUCCUGCGUUCCAGUCGGAUGAGCAUCUUCCUCCUUAUCCUCCGUCGUCAUCCUCGUCCGCCGCUCCUCCCUUCGACAGCGACGAUAGCAGCGGUAAUCACCAUCACCACCACCAACACCACCACUUCCCCGUCUCCACUCCGCCGCAAUUUCCGCCCCAUCCCCAAUCUCAAUCUCAGUCACACCAUUCCAACACUUUCUCGCAACCGCAAUCGCAAACACAAUCUCCCUAUUCUUGGGACUCUCGCCAACCUCCUCCUCGCAAUCCAGCCCGGACUGGCUUGCAGCGGUCUCACACCCAACGUCUCCGUACACCGCCAGACGUUUCCACGCUCCAUAACUCCCACUCCACGAUCACGGUAGUCACAAACAGCCCCAGUCCUUCCCCUCACCUCGCGCCACCGCAGUCUUUCGAUGGAAUCGAUGCUGACGUCUCCGACCAGUCCGGGCCUUCAUCUCCUACUGACAAGCUAGACGAUCAGGAACCUCGCCGGUCUAAACGGAGUUUCUUUUCUUUCCAUUCGUCGGCCUCAUCGACGUCCGUUCGGGACCAGCCCAGUUUGUUGGAACGCAACCGAUCUGUGAAGCUACCCACCCGACGCUCUCAGCCGCAACACCAGCCCCACUACCACCAGCAGCAGCAGUCGCCGCAGCUGCCGCAACAAUCGCGCUCGUCGUUGGAUUGGUCUAGAGAGUAUGCGGUAGACGCUCCCGAGGCUGAAUAUCGAACUCCGUCCAUGCCACAGCAGAACUCAGCUCGUGCCCCUGAUCCCGCACUCGCCCCUCACGCCCGUUCGCCGCGUACGUCCCCUCUUCCUCGGUCCAAUACAGAUCCCCGUCUCGCCGACGAACUCUAUCGCCAGUCAUCUGUCGACAAUUCCAGGCACGGUGCAGAAUUGACUCCGGGAGCGAACCAAUUGGACCCCCGCCCGCCUUCUCGCCAGUCUCUCGAGCCGCCAUCGCCGUACCAAUUCCCUAGGAGCGAAACGUCCUCGGUCACACAGCUCCCGGCAAUGUCAGACCGACCUUCCGGCAGCAAUUCACAAAACCCAGCCCAGCAGCAGGGUUCGAGCCAAAAUAACGCGGGCCAACAGCAGGCUUCACUUGACCCGGGGCGCGCUACGCCAACAUCCAAAGAUCGGAAUCGCGAUGAUCUAAGUGAGGCUGACGUCCGUACGAUACUCCAGAAGUAUGACGAACUGCAGGCCAAGUACUCCAAGGUAAAACGGUACUAUUUUGAACGGGAUGCCCAGGUCCAGCAGCUACAAAACACCGUUGCUCACCAGCGUAUGGCCGUUUCCCGAACCGUUCUCGACGACAACGAGUACGCCAACCGGUUUGGCCGUCUGGACGGCGCCAUCAAGGACCUUGCAUUUUCCAUCCGCAAAGACUGGAAAACACUUCCCACUUGGCUUUCCGGGUUUGUCAACGAGGAUGCUCCAGCCACGGGCACAAAGGAAAUGACGGCCAUUGGCCGCUCUGUAAUGAGCCGCUGGCUGGUAGACGAGAUCUUUGAGCGUUACUUUCAUCCGGCCCUUGAGCCAAGCUUCAGUCAGCAACUGAAAUCUAUUGAAAUGACCUUGCGCAGACAACAUACAAAUAUUGCAACAGACGAAGAUAAAGAGAACUCCAUCGCCCGAAUCUCCAACUGGCGCCGCACAACGCUCGACGGUCUAGGCGACUCCCUUCAAGGCCCCGCAGCAGACGAAUACCGGUCUGGACUCAUUAAUUGUCUAGUGGAUAACCUCGUCGCAACCCUUGUCAGUUAUCUCCAGAGUCCCCCUCCUCCAGGGAUAGACAAUGGAGCCCGCAUGAUCGUGGAAAACGCCAUCGGUAUCGCCGAAAAGAUACCUCUCGAGUCCCGAGAUAUCUGCGUCGAGUACAUUCCACCAGGCUCACCAAUCCACGAGGCAACGAUGAAAAUAGAAUCCGGUGUUCUUCCCCCCCUCACCAACGCCGCCAGCCCUUCUGACACUCAAACCUCCACCGAGUUACCCUCCAACCGCAGCUCCCACGAAGACGGCCCCGGCAACGCCGACAACGAUCGCGAUUCACAGCUUGCAUCUACGAAUCCCAGCGCUCACGAUAGUGGUCCAGCCCGCGAACAGCGCAUGCGCUCGGUGUUCAGCAACAUUAUGGGCCGGAAACCGGGACAGGGACCCCCACAAACUGGCUCCGGGCCGGGACCUACACCUGCAUCUAUGGGCAAUGAUGGCUCCCGUCGCGGCUCGGUGACGCCGGCGGCUUCAGCAGCAUCAGGGCAAGGCUCAGGAACAGGACGCAUCCGACUUGCGGCGUUUGUUACGGCCGAAGUGCGCGGGCGCGGGCCAAUGAACGUUCUGGUCAAAGCACCUGCUUAUCCAAUGGACUAG